AUGGCCCCCAAAAGAAUUGUUGCUCACUGCGAAGACGUCGACGAGGAGACUGGGUUCGUCAUUCAGGGCUCCGACAAGUACGCCCAGUCACAAGCACCAGGAAGCCCAUCCAAGGAGAAGCCAAACACUGGCAAAUCUCGCAAUAAGGACAGGAUGACGAGACCAAUCUCCGCCUCCCCGCCAUACGGCCAUACCGACUCGGACGAUACCGUCCACCCCGCUAUCCCAGACAAGAAAGUGAGGGAGAAGAGACGAUCUGAACAAAAAGCCGCUGAUCGAGCCGCCGAGAAACUCGCCGAGAGACUCGCCGAGAGGGCCGCAAGGGACGAGGCUGCCAGAGAGCAAGGUCGUCGAGAGGAAAGACACCGCCUCAAGAAGGAGAAGGAAAAGGCUGUACGCCGCGAACAAGAACGCCUCGACCAGGAGCAACGCGAACGAGAGGAUCGUCAUCAGCAGCGCGAGCGAUCCGCCGCCAAAAAGUCCGCAGUCCGUCCCUCUACAAAGCACGUCAACACGGCGCCUGUCGUUCAUACCCAAAAGACCACCCAAAAGCCAGAUGAAUACAGAAGACCACGUUUUUCGGAAGAAGAAGCCUCGCAGUACGGUGUUCAGCAACCGGCAAAGGCACAGGGGUCGCGUCCCCGAGCUUCAAGUCGCCCUGCCAGCUACUACGGCCAAGGUUCUCGACCACCUACCUCCAAUAAGCAAUGGCAUGCUGCGAACAACGCCUCGCCCUUCACUCCGGCCCCGAACCCAUCGCCAUUUGCUCCAUCGAUCCACGCACCGCCUUCCUCUCAUGCUUCAUCGCCCUUUACUCCCGCUCCUAUGCCGAUUCCCAUCCAUCCAUCACCGCAUGUGCAGUCGCCGUUCGCGCCCGCACCUGGCACUUCGUAUACCCAACCACCAGGCCCCUGGGGUCCCGGAAGUGUCCCUUACCCUAUGCAGGCGCCGCACCAUCCGCCCCCGCCGCCGUCGAAUGAUUACUUCCCGCCUACCCCUGUGGCGAGCAGCCCCCGACACUCAAACCUGGCCCAACGCUUCCAACAGAGGCCUUCGUCGGCCAUGGGACACCGAUCCAUGUCAGCGUCUUCCUUCGAGUACGACAACUACGGAUAUCACCCUAGCCCUGGCCUCGCCCACGCCCACCCCCAUGGACCCGGUCCAACCUAUGAGCAAGAGAAUAUUCCCAUCGGUAGACGACCGUCUCUCAAGGUUCGAGACAGCGACUUGAUGCCGCCGCCGCCGUUUCCCCGUUCACGAACGGCUGCCCCUCAACAGGCUUACCGUCCCCCGCCUCAACCUCACCCUCAGCAACGACAAAUCAUGUCCCAGGGCUAUGACUCUGACGAUUUUGAUGGUGAAGAAUCCAUGUACCAGGAAAUCGUCCCCCAUGGUUACCAAUACGACGACGGCGUUGUUGCCAGACCUCGUGGUCACCGAAGGGGUUCCAGCACAUACAGUCAUCGCGCAUACCAGAUUGAGCCUGCUCCUGCUCCCGCCCCCACCCGCAGUAGCCGCCGCCACUCAUACAUGGCUGGCGGUGAAAGCGGUAGCUACUCACAGUCCAAGUAUGACUCCGCCGAGGCUGCUGCUAUGGCUUACCAGAACGGCGUAAGCGGCGGCGGCGGUGUGCCUCUGACUGCUGCGGCCCUCUCAAAGGCUGGGAAGAAGAGCAAGAGCAGCAGGUCCAGUGAAAGUAGCGACAGCCGCGACGAAAGUGACUUCCUACGAAGUGCCACCACACGAACCACCCGGUCUUCUGCCAUUGACGGCGACGAUAUCACCAUCAAGGUCACUGGUCACGCCGUGCUGCGAGUCGGCAACGCUGAGAUCCAGUGCCAGGAUGGCGGCGAAAUCAACAUCAGCCAGGCAGCACGCAUUGCUGGUGGUAGUGAUAGGGAUACAGUCUACUCCGAUGAACGCCGCAGUCGCAUGGACCGACCAGCUAUCCGUGAUCGAUCCGAAAGCCGGGCCGACUCUUAUACCCGUAGCCAAGCGGACGAGUUCGAGCAAUUCCGCAUUCCGUUUACCUAA